GAUGUGAUUGGCCUGACUGAAACAUGGCUUAAGCCUGAUGAAUUUACUGUGUUAAAUGAGGCCUCACCUCCUGGCUACACUAGUGACCAUAUCCCCGUGCAUCCCGCAAAGGCGGAGGUGUUGCUAACAUUUACGAUAGCAAAUUUCAAUUUACAAAAAAAAAAUGACGUUUUCGUCUUUUGAGCUUCUAGUCAUGAAAUCUAUGCAGCCUACUCAAUCACUUUUUAUAGCUACUGUUUACAGGCCUCCUGGGCCAUAUACAGCGUUUCUCACUGAGUUCCCUGAAUUCCUAUCAGACCUUGUAGUCAUUGCAGAUAAUAUUCUAAUCUUUGGUGACUUUAAUAUUCACAUGGAAAAGUCCACAGACCCACUCCAAAAGGCUUUUGGAGCCAUCAUCGACUCAGUGGGUUUUGUCCAACAUGUCUCUGGACCCACUCACUGUCACAGUCAUACGCUGGACCUAGUUUUGUCCCAUGGAAUAAAUGUUGUGGAUCUUAAUGUUUUUCCUCAUAAUCCUGGACUAUCGGACCACCAUUUUAUUACGUUUGCAAUUGCAACAAAUAAUCUGCUCAGACCCCAACCAAGGAACAUCAAAAGUCGUGCUAUAAAUUCACAGACAACACAAAGAUUCCUUGAUGCCCUUCCAGACUCCCUCUGCCUACCCAAGGACGCCAGAGGACAAAAAUCCGUUAACCACCUAACUGAGGAUCUCAAUUUAACCUUGCGCAAUACCCUAGAUGCAGUUGCACCCCUAAAAACUAAAAAAAUGUCUCAUAAGAAACUAGCUCCCUGGUACACAGAAAAUACCCGAGCUCUGAAGCAAGCUUCCAGAAAAUUGGAACGGAAAUGGCGCCACACCAAACUGGAAGUCUUCCGACUAGCUUGGAAGGACGGUACCGUGCAGUACCGAAGAGCCCUUACUGCUGCUCGAUCGUCCUAUUUUUCUAACUUAAUUGAGGAAAAUAAGAACAAUCCGAAAUUCCUUUUUGAUACUGUGGCAAAGCUAACUAAAAAGCAGCAUUCCCCAAGAGAGGAUGACUUUCACUUUAGCAGUGAUAAAUUCAUGAACUUCUUUGAGGAAAAGAUUAUGAUUAUUAGAAAGCAAAUUACGGACUCCUCUUUAAACCUGCGUAUUCCUCCAAACCUCAGUUGUCCUGAGUCUGCACAACUCUGCCAGGACCUAGGAUCAAGAGAGACGCUCAAGUGUUUUAGUACUAUAUCUCUUGACACAAUGAUGAAAAUAAUCAUGGCCUCUAAACCUUCAAGCUGUAUACUGGACCCUAUUCCAACUAAACUACUGAAAGAGCUGCUUCCUGUGCUUGGCCCUCCUAUGUUGAACAUAAUAAACGGCUCUCUAUCCACUGGAUGUGUACCAAACUCACUAAAAGUGGCAGUAAUAAAGCCUCUCUUGAAAAAGCCAAACCUUGACCCAGAAAAUAUAAAAACUAUCGGCCUAUAUCGAAUCUUCCAUUCCUCUCAAAGAUUUUAGAGAAGGCUGUUGCGCAGCAACUCACUGCCUUCCUGAAGACAAACAAUGUAUACGAAAUGCUUCAGUCUGGUUUUAG